UCUAGUACCCCCGACCAGCUGUUCGCAAUCCAAACAAAAUUUGCGUUGUAACACAAAAAUAGUUAUUAACCUUUACUUAAUGGACUGCUGCGGCAACGAAGUGCGCAGCGAGAGUAUCUACAACAUGCUGCAGGCCCUGGUCGACUCGAAGGUGGUCAACGUGCAGCUCCUGUCGAUUGCCGUGGGCAUUUUCUUUGUGGUCCUGCUGCUGAAAAACAAUUUUCGCAGCUUUUCUGGCACGUAAAUGGAGUCAGUUUAUUGUUUAAUGUAUCCAAUAAUUUCUGUUCUUUUCGGAGCACCCCUCGCAGCAGUGACGUCACGUGCGAUAUAUGUGUAGUAUUUUGGGUACUAGCACCUAGCACUUGUAUAUUUUUUUGAGUCUCAGGGUCGUCGGUUUAUUUCGGAGGUGUUUGUACAAUAACACGCCCAACGCAUUAUCAUUGUUUCCGAAGGCCAGCUGAACUGGUUUGACUACACCCGAAACUUCUAUGGAACAUGCUAAGCAAAAAAAAUGAAACAGAUCCAGCCCAGAAUUGGUUAAUUUCAUCAUUAGGCGACUGUGAUUCAUGGCAGCCCGUCUUGCGAUAAGAUAGCCCCUUGCAAGUACUCGAAGUAAGUGCUACUUGGAACCGGCUUUGUCGUCCGAAGAGCUGCUGAACUUUUGGCCCAAUUGCCCGAGGAGAAGUACGGAGAAGCCAUAUCCAAUCAGUCCCAAUUGCUAUCCACAAACGAUUUCAAUUGACCGGCGAUUGAUUGCCCAAUGUCUGCACGCACUUCCUGGUGCAGCAUUAGAAUUCAAUAGACGCCCGGCUCGAGUUCAGCGGGCUUCAUUCUGCAAUCCCGCAUUGACUCAUUGCCCAACAGUUGCAGUAUUUAUGCAAUGCCGUGGUACGUGCUCUUAUGCUGAAAUAUUGCAUUAGAACACCCAGCAAACGUGACUGGCUUACAGGGCUAGAAAUCGAGGCACUAGCUUAGAGCCCAAAGGUGAAGCCAUUAACUAGUCUUGAUAAAGGCUCGUAUAAUAAAUUUUAAUAAUAAUUUAUUUGUCCAACUGUUCUUGUAGGGCUAAGUUAUUGCCGAUAUGUGGUUUUGAUACAAUAUACUAUUAUUCUACCUAAACAAAUAAUGCUAGUCAAAGAUUAUCUCCAUCGUUUUUACCAUCAACUAAAGACAGAAUUCUCCGUAAAAAAUAUAGCUAUAACUCUUAUUGACCAUCUCUCAAUGUUUUAAGCAAUCCAAAGUAAAGUAUACUCUCUUUUUGGUAGUAUCUCACACUUUAACAAAAAGCGGGCUUACAAAAAUCGAUAAGAUCAUGUCAAGAAACAAUACACAAUUAUAAGGAAAUCGAAAUAAACUUAAGCAAAUUUUA